AUGUCGCAGAAGGAGUUUGCUUCGGUUUUGGAUUGUGAUAUUCUAACUAAAAAACAGAUUGUUUUUAUGAUGAAAUACUACGGUGGUGGUGGUUUAGAGUCUUCUUUACCAUUUAUGUAUUCUCCUAGACAGCCUGGGUAUCAUCGAAUUUACAGAUUUACAGAAGUAAGCCCGCCCGAUAUGCCUAAUGGUUCAUGGCACUACACUAGUGGUAAUGCUGAUGCCCUCAAUCUAACUGUCAGCAAAGCUAUUACAUUACACGGAGUGCAGCAUUUUGGUAGUGAAAGUGGCGAAUACACAGUUUCAGUAGAAGUGAAAGAUGUGGCAAAUAGCGGUUUUUCUCUGGUAAAACUGACGGGUACGUAUUCCUCCGAGAAAGAUGAGACAAAUGGUUCCUAUGGAUUUGAUGUCAUGUUUGAUCACCCUGUUUGCCUUGAGCAGGGUAAAACGUAUGAGAUUGUAUCUCUUAUCAAAGGCCCAUUAUCUUGGAGUGUGACUAAUGGAAAAGAAUCUGAUGAGGUUCAAGGAAUCCAGUUUUCAUUUAUCUCUUCAGGUUCUUCUAAGAAUGGAACUAAUGUCAAAACUGGCCAGUUUCCUUCAUUUAUUUUCAGCACCAAGUAG